AUGUUCCUGGAUUGCUUUCUUUUUCAGGAAGUAGUAGGGGACACAUUAGAAGAACUGUGGAUCUCCUACAAUUUUAUUGAGAAGUUGAAAGGGAUCCAUGUAAUGAAGAAACUGAAGAUUCUCUACAUGUCUAAUAACCUAGUGAAAGACUGGGCUGAAUUUCUGAAGCUGGCAGAACUGCCAUGCCUGGAGGACCUGGUGUUUGUAGGCAAUCCCUUGGAAGAGAAACACUCUGCUGAGGGGAACUGGAUUGAUGAGGCAACCAAGAGAGUACCCAAACUGAAGAAGCUGGAUGGUACCCCAGUAAUUAAAGAGGAUGAAGAAGAAGAAAACUAACACUACAUUUUCUGCUUCAUGUUAAUUUAUUUAAAUGUCAAAAGAACAAUAGAUAAGUUUUAUAUAAUCGUCUAUUUUAAAGAUUGUGUAUGGGUCAAAAGGUUCUUAAAAAGAUAAAACAAAUCUCUCAUUCCCACUUUUUUUCCCCUUAACCUGUUCAGUGUGUCUCCCUCAGAAUGAUAAUACUAACUUUAUAUAUUCUAGCCUUCUUUUAGAAACUACGAAUUUUCAAUUUCUGUCUUCAGUCCCAAUUAUGUACUGUGUGGCCCUAUCUAUUGAAACCUUUGUAGACCAGUCAUUUUAACAACAACGGAACAAUUGUGUGUUCUUUAUUCAGAUUUUAGACCAGGCAUUUUAAAAGAUAUACUAUUUAACUUUUUCCUCUGUAGACCAUCUUUCUUGAACGUCCAUCCCCUUACUUUACGACUCACAAACGUGUUAUGCUUUUGAUUCAGAAGGCAGCAUGGUGAUAGGAAGAGCUCCUCUUAUAAAUACAGCAGCAGCCAUAGACACAAGAAUCUAAAAUCCAAUUAGAAAAAUUAUGGUCAAAAAAGGGAAACAAUAUCUUGGAGGCCUUAUAGCCCAUAUUAUAUUUACUGUUUGUUUUUCCAAAAAUGUAUGUAUUAUCAACUGGAAUUUAGGUUGUGUUUACAUGUGUGGCCACUUGAGUCACUGUGUUCAAUCAGUCAUUUUGUGAUCCAGGUUAGUGGCUAGAAUGUCUGUCAUGAUCAUUCCUUUCACCAGUAAUCUAGUCAUGUUACUCGUGUGGACCUGGCUUUAAGCACAUUUUUUUGGUUUAUAUUCCUUAUGUUUAAGGAAUAGCUAUAUUUGAAUUCCUAGUCUAAAAGUUGCCCUAAUGACUUUGGUGGCCCUCCUUGUUGGGGGAAGUGAUUGUUAUGGUUAUAAGGGUAUAGAACUUAAAGAUUGAAUUUGGUACCUUUCAAUAAAUGAAACUUAGUAUUUCAAAAUAUAUUUUUUGAGAAGUUCUAAGUGAAGCAGUUCUUUAAAUGUAUUAUGUAAGUGGUUGUGGAGAGAAGAGAGAAGAGAUAUUUCAUUAUGGAAUUCCAGGCAAAUGGCAAUAUGUUUGAGGAUUGCCUCCUAUGUGACUCAUUAGGUUUUUAACUUCAAAAUUGCAAAGUGAUAGAGGCAGAGCUUAGAAUUUAUCAGGUAAGAAAAAAAUUCUAUGGUAUUUCUCUUUCUGAAAAGUGCACUGUAGUCAGUAACUAAAUGAAGUCCACAGCAAGGCUAUGACUGAAUCACUAAUAGGUUGCAGAAAAGAAGCCAGGGGCCCUCUGCCAAAUUGUGCCUAAAGUCCCUCAACCAGAGACUAUUGAUUCUUGUUUCCCCAGCUACACUGUUAAAAAGGGGUGAGUCAUUUUUAAAAAAGUGUUUGUAUAAGUAGUCUUGGGUUUCAGAAGUUUUUAGCUAUCAUUUAAGUAGAAUUUCUUGAUUUCUCUUUGAGUCACUCUGAUCAGAAGGGACCACUGCUUUGACAAUCAACUCUAAAUACAAACAAGAGGAAGAGUUAGUCCAAUACCUUUUUAGUUUCGUUUUAGCUCUUCCUUACAAUCUGAUAGGAAGUAAAUCUUUACUGUCCUCUGACUGGCUUAUACAUUCAAAGCUUUUGGGCGUUUCUGUUGUGAACCAUAAGAUUAAUGAGCCUUUAUUAUCCUUGGUGUUUAAGGCCCAUAGGCUGAGAGGGAAGAUGAGCUUCUUUACUUACAGUUUGUACUUCAUCCAGUAGGCAAGCUUGAAGCCAUAUUGCUAUGAAUGGGUGUAUUUUCUAAAAGUUAUCCUGGAAGUGGUUAUGAUAGGGAAUGGAUGAUUUCAUUUUGAAUUUAUUUAUAAAAUGGCUUACAGUUUUGGUGUUUGGUUUUUCUGAAUUUGGUAGUGUAGGAACUAAUUUUUUCUUUUCCUUGUUUCUUAAUGUCUUUUAUAAAUAUAAGGUGCUUUUCGUGUCCAUUUCACAAAAAAUUCAAAGUUAGUUCCACUCAAAAAUAUUUGAAUGCCUUGUAUGCAUCCUUUUCAUGGAAUUAAAGUCAGAAAAUGGAAGGGAGGUUAUAUGAAGAAGUUCAGGAUAUUCUCUCAAAUUGUCCCUCACAUCAUCCUUUACUGCUGUAAAUUUAACUGAUAUAAAAUGCCUUGGUUUAUGUCUCUUGGGUUAGGUAUUUGACCAACUAGGAGUAGGUUUUCUCUGUGCUCCUAGUUUAAUGAAUUAUGCUAUUUCAGUGGAUCAUUUAAAUCUCUUACUUCUAGUAAUGAUAGAAGUGUGGAAUCAGCUCAGCAUUUUAAUAUUUCACAGGAAAUUUUAUUUUAGUGUACUAAGGAAAUCAACUUUUCUAUGUUUCCUAACUCUAAGCCUAUGGCCAUAUUACCUGGUCAGGUCUUGAAAGGUUUUUGUGUUCUCUGUUAAUAAGAGUUUGUUUCUUUAAACCAGGGUUUUUCAACCUUGGUGCUGUUGACAUUUUGGGCUUUGUUGUGGGUGGCCUUCCCAUGUUCUGUAGGAUGUUUAGUAGCAUCCCUGGCCUCUACCCACUAGAUGCCAGUAGCACCCUCUCCCCAAUUGUGACUACCAAGAAUGUCUUCAGACACUUCCGUCUAUCCCUGGGGAGUGGGGAUAGGGUGAGCAAAUUCACUCCUGGUUGAGAAGCAGUGCUUUGUACUUUACACCAACACUGCUUUUUGUCCAGAGUUCAUUUUCACUCUGAGUUACAGUGUAUGAGAGAAGGCGAUGUAUUUAAUCAUAAUGGAUGAAAGGAAAUGGCCACUGGUGUUUCCCUAUUUUGUAUUGCUCAUUUUCAUAAUUUUCACAGAUUGUUAGAAACUCAGGGUUGGAAGGUUCAACUUAUUUUUUUUUUAGCAGGUCUCAACUUUUCAUUUCUUAGCAUUCUUCCUUAUCUUAGGACAGUGAUCAUUCACCUACCUCUCUCUCAAUAGCAAAAAAAUCAACUUUAUGAUAGAUUUUGCUUUGUCUCUAAAGUUUAACAGUUUGAAUGUGCUUUGAAAAAUGGAUCAUCAUUCUUUCAAGUCUCACUCAUUGUUCAGUAAUGCACAGAAUUCUGCAGACUGUAGAAGUCAUUAAAUACAUAAAUAUACUGUGUAAAAUUUGGUAAUCAUGUAUGAAAAUUAACUGGUGUGGACAUCGAUUUUGGGUGUGAUCAGAAGUAUGUGUGAUCAUAAUAACUGGUCAACAACUUGGUGUGGUUACUAGAUCAAUUCCACAGAUAGAGGUGUUACAAAACACUUAAAUGUGGUUUCUAUGUGGAAAGAGAAAUUUUGACUUGAAUAGGCGCUUAUUCUGAUACCUUUUACCAGUGGUCUGAAGCAAAAUAAGGAGAAAUGAAUCUUGUCUGUUGAUUUACUCUCAGAACUGGUGAUGUGUAAAGAGCUGAAGGUAGUAACUCUGUGACCCAGAAUCCUCCACCUGGGUUGUUCUUAGGACUGCAUGGAGAAGUGCGGGGCCCAGAAAGUUUGGGUUUAAUCUUUCACCAAAAAAAAAUUUGGGAGGUGUCAAAUCAUUGAUCAUUAUUAGUUAGUGUGUCUCUGACUACAGUCAGACCAUCAGUUCCCUGGGACCUUUAUACAUUGUAAGUGUUGGUAAAGGUAGAAAAACCGCUCACCUGCAAAUUAUCCUUUACCAGAAAUUUGUUCCUUUGGCACACCUUUUCUUUGUUUGGGCUGCUUAGUGUGUCUGUAAAUAAUGAAAUAUAAAAAAAAAAAAUUCAGUGUAGCGGAGUUAGUGCUUCUGACACGGCUAACUUGACCAUAUUCCUUUAUCUUUACUCUAGCAUACGUCUCAUUGUUUUUGUUUGUUGUUUUUGUAAAACCGUAAAAUAGGUGCAAUAGAAAUACCAAGUUAUAUUUAAAAUCACUGAACUUUUAGAAAUCUAUCUAUAUUCUUGGCUUUUUAUAAAUCCAUGACUGAAAAGCAAGAAAACUGAAAAGAAGAAAUAGACUUAGUCUUACCUUUUUCUGAUCUAAGAUAAAUUGAGUAAAACUUUUCACUUGACACUUGGAGAAGUCAUAACUGGAUUCUAAUUAGUUUCCCAUGUUGGGCAGGUUAGAGAGGAGCCAGCCAAUCGAAUUGUGAUCUAUCAAAUGUAACAAAGGGGUAAGGAUGAGUAAACUAUUUUUCAGUAGAUUUGCACUUUAAAAUUAUGAACUGGAUGUUGGUGGAAAGUAUUCCCAAAGGGCAGGUGGGUAAAUACCUAGCCUGCAUGUGGAUGUUAGAAAAAUCUCACCCAUGCUGUUCUAAGCCCACAUGAGCAGUAGCUGUCUGUCGGCCUAAUCAGAGUUGGGAUUUCCCUUUUUCCCUACUUGGUGCCAUCUUAAGACCUUGUCUACUCAGAAUAGAAACUUCGAGCUAUCUUCCCCAUAUCUAGAUUUUAAAAAUUUGGAUGUUGGCUAAAUUAAGCUGUGGCUGAUGUUAUGUGGGUGAGAAGCUCUUUGCUUCUUUGGUCAGCAGGGUGCAUGCCUCUGAAGUGCUAUUGCCUAGAGGGAUAAAUCCAUCAAAAGACCAGUGAGUUGGCAGCCAAAGAGAAUAUACAUAUAGCCAGCUACUUCUCCCAGGUUGUCAGUUAUGAUCAUGAGCAUAUUUUAGAAUCUUUGGCUUUUAGAACCAACUCCAAUCUGAAGAACAUUUUAACAUCUAUUAAUACUUUGGUAAUAAUCUUUUAUAUACAGGAUUUUUGUAGCAUGACUUUAUGACUAAACUUAUUGUGUUAAAUUAUUUAGAAAUUUUGAGUUUCUAAAUGUUAUUUUGUGAGACUUGUUUUAAAAUAGUAAUAAAUUGUGUUGUUUUAUAAAAAAAAAAAAUGUGGAUCUUUUUUGGUUUGUGACCAUUUAGUUUUAGCUAAUGUAGAACAACUAUAAUUUCAAAGGAAUUCAGCCUUUGGAUAGCAUUCCACACAGCUUUGUAUAUGUAUGUAUGAGAGAGACUGACUCAUUUCUUUAUGCUAAUUUUUUUCCAGUAGUUCAUUUCCAGUAAUAAUCUCCUCCCCCAGGUUUCUAAGUGCUUCCCAAGAACUUCCUCCAAAUGGGCACCAUUUCAAAUUAUUAGGCUCCUGGAAAGAGCACUUCCAGGACUGCACUUUACCAUUCCUAGUCCUCUCCUUACCUCCAGAAAUGCACAAGGUAAAGGUUAGGACCUUGAAUUGUGGUCUCCUGGAAUAACCUGGUCUUGGCCAGCCCCUUUUUGAUACACAAGAAGUAGAGAGAAUCAAGCAAUAUUAUUAGCAUUACAUAUUUUGCCAGUCCAUUCUGUGGUAUAGACUCGUUGCCAUCGAGUUGAUUCCGACUCAUAGCGACCCUAUAGGACAGAGUAGAACUGCCCCAUAGGGUUUCCAAGAAGCAGCUUAGUGGAUUCGAACUGCCAACUUUUUGGUUAGCAACCUGAGCGCUUAACCACUGAGCCACCAGGGCUCUUCUUAUUCCAUAGUACGAAUGAAAACCUAAUUUUGGUCACAGAAUAGGACUAUAGUGCAGAUUCCACUUCUUAAUCCACAGUUCUUUGGUUAUGAUCCAUUUCUUGCUGCUGCCCUCCCUUAAAAAGCAGAUUUUUCUCAGCCUGUAAAGAGAAAUAUUCUAUUCUCUACAUACGAAAUAUGUAUGUAUGUGUACGUAGGUAUAUACAGUUGUUUUAUGUAAUAAUAAAAGCCAGAAUCUUAGGUGCUGAUCUUCCCUCCUAGGAUGCAGUCGACUCUGUACCUAUUAAAAAAAAGGUAUAACUCUUAUGUAUAGACAUGGAAGGAUACCUGUAACACAGGUGAAAAAAUUAAGAACCCAUAUUUAAGAAUACACAUGUAUGUGUGUGGAGCAGGAGUGUGUGUUUAUAUAU